AUGGCGACCGCUUUCGAAUCCUCUCUGUCGAGCAGCCAAACCCGCCAGACUCUGGCACCAGCCGGCCCCUCAAAUGACUACACCCUGCCGAACAUUGAUUUCGGCUUCGAUGAUCUGCGCGACCGUAUGGCGAAGUUCACCGCCAAGUUCGACACGUUCAUCGAGCAAGGGCGCAGGCGUGUAUUAGAGGAGCGCAAUCAAUUCCGCAUGAACAUUGCGGAGCUACAAGAGGACCAGCGCAUGAAGAAGAAGGAUAUCGAAAUUGUCCAGGUUAAAACAUCAACGCACCAGCAAACGAUAGAGAAAGAAGAUGCCGAGACACGCGAGAUGGAGGCCGCGAUUGCGUCGCUGGCCGCGCAGCGGGACAACCACCACGCGAACCGCGACGCCCUCAAGGCGCAAAUCGCACAGGUCCAAGCCGAGAUCGACACCAGGCUGGCGGCGCAACGGGAGUACGCAGCGCAGCAGGAGGCACAGUCGAGGUUCAACGUCCCCGAACUUGAUUUCUGGAUCACAAAUCUCUGCCUGCGGAUCGAGGGCGCCGGCCACAACGACAGGUUAAAAUUUAUCUACACGCAUCUCGACGAGAGGGACUGGGAGCGGGAGGCGUGGUUCGAGCUUGUCACCAGCUCGAGAGACUACGACGUGAAGCACUGCAGGCCCAAGUUGGAGAGAGAAAAGGUGGAGCGCGUAUUAGAUAGGAAGUCUAAACGCGUCCUUCCAUCAACCGUCUGGAAGCUCAGCGAGAAACACCAAUAUCUAUCAGUCGAACAUCGCCAGCAUAAACAGCCCAGGAUGCCCCCCGAAACAACAGACAAGCAUGCCGCUGCCCAACAAGCCGUGGAUAUUCUCCACGAGAUCUCAACAAUUCUGAACUGCCACCUAGACCGCCGGACUCUAUCCAUAUGCAUCUCGAUGAUUGAGCGUGGUGUGAAUCCCGAAGCAUUAGCUCAAGUGGUCAAGGAUCUACGGCAGGAGGCUCAAGCAGUAGAACAGCAAGCCGCCACUAGGCAAUGA